UGACGACUGAAAAAAUAGGCUGAACAAAGGCAGCCAGACAUUUUCACAUUCUGAAACCACCGGACGGACAGGCCAGCUCUUCCUCAGAAUGGUGUCUUCUGGACUUUUGAGGAUCCUGGUGCUACUCAUCCUUGUAGUGAAUGUCCAAGUAUUUACUCUGAGAGACUUGUUCUUGCCCAAGAGAUGCCCAAGAACCCGGGAGAAAUGUGAAUUCAAAGAAAGGGAUAUGUGUAAGAAGGACAAAAAUUGUCCAGACAACAUGAAGUGCUGCGUCUUCAGCUGCGGAAGAAAAUGUUUAGACCCGAAACAAGACAUAUGCAGUUUGCCGAAAGAUCCUGGGCCCUGCUUCGCUUUGUUUCAUCGCUGGUGGUAUGAUAAGAAAAAUGAUACCUGUUACAGCUUUGACUAUGGUGGCUGCCAGGGAAACAAUAACAACUUCCAAUCCAAAGACCUGUGCCUGAACAUGUGCUCCAAGAAACCCUCCUCAUCCUGAGCAUGAGGAUACACCGGAACGACCUUCAGGCUUUGGCUUGUGAUUCAAGACUCUGUCUGUGUGCCUGGUUGAUGCUCCAGGAUGGGUUCCACUAUUCCACUCCCAGCGUUCAAAGGCCUUGGCCCUUCCCAAAACGGAACCCCAGGACCUGUCUCUCUCUCCCUCCAUCUCAGUCUCUUUAUACAUGAUAUCCUGUUUUUCUUAAAAAUCCCUCCUCCCCUCCCUCCCUCCCUCCCUCUCGUCCUUCCUUUGAUUCCAGAGAGAGGGGAAGGGAGGGAGAAAGAGAAGAGAAACAUCGAAGUGAGAAAGAAACAUCAAUAGGUUGCCUCCUGCACCCCUAUGGGGACUACACACACAACCCAGGCGUGUGCCCUGACUGGGAAUCAAACCUGGGAACUGGUCGUGGGAUGACACCCAACCAAUUGAGCCACACCAGCCACAGUCAUAAUAUACUGCUUUGAUCCCAUUUCUAUAGCCCAACUUCUAGCACCCCCUGUUUAUACCUGUGCAGCUCCCAAUUUUUCCCAAUAAAGUGCUCUGUUUGA